AUGCUUCGAGCGAUCGCGCGAGCGUCGCGAGCGGUCGCGGGCGUCGACGCGCGGCGACCGACGGGACGGGCGAUCGACGCGCGACGCGCGGUCGGGACGUUCGUCGGCGCGGAGAGCGAGGAGUUGGCGUACGCGCCGACGAAAAAGGUGAAAUUCGAACCGACCGAACCGACGUUCAUGACGCAGUUCACCCUGAACCGCGCGAACGCCAAGAGCACGAUGGAGGGCGCGGAGGACGCCGAACGGUUGGUCGCGCGUCUGAUCGGGAUGCUCGGCGGGAGCUUGAAGACGUUUUACGUGACGCAGACGGGGGCGUUUGACGGCGUGUGCGUGUACACGUUUCCGAAAAACCACGACUCGAGGACGUUCACGUGCCUGCUGCGAUCGAGCGCGGGGUACGAUAGGAUCGAGACGACGAAGUUGAUGGCGAGCGCCGACGCCGCGAUGUGCGCCAAGGCGGCGCGCGAGGUGGAGAAGCAGUUGAAGAAGUGA